AUGGUUCAUAAAGGAGUCACCGCGACGAUGCGAUCAGCGCGAGCCGCGACGGUGUCCUCGCGCGCAGCAGCAGCAGCAGCAGCAGCAGCAAGAGCUAGCUGCGGCCGCCGAGCAAACUCGUCUUCAGCCAGGAGCAGCAGCAGCAGCAGCAGCAGCAGAAAGCCCGUUUUCGUCGACGGUGCCCGCAUCCCCUUCGUCUUGAGUGGCACGACAUACAAGGACCUUCUCGCUGUUGACCUCGGCAAGCUCGCCCUGAGGGGGCUGCUGAACAGGAAUCCAGAGCUGGAUCCGAAGGACGUGGACUACCUUCUGUUUGGGACUGUCAUCCAGGAGUCGAGAACCUCCAACAUUGCACGCGAAGCCGGCAUGGGGGCGGGGAUUCCUGUCUCCGUCCCCUCUCACACCGUCACCCAGGCGUGCAUUUCUGCCAACCAGGCCAUGUGUAACGGCGCCGAGAAGAUUCUCGCCGGUACCGCCGACGUCGUGCUCGCUGGUGGCGUGGAGACAUUUUCGGACCUACCUAUUCGCUUCUCGCGGCCAAUCAGGAACCGCCUUCUCAACCUAGGGAAGGCCCAGAAGAAGGGCCUUGCGAGCGUCUUGGGGCUUCUGAAAGGGCUAAAGCUCAAGGAUAUCGCUCCGGAGACGCCCGCCAUCGCUAACUACACGACGGGGGAGGUUAUGGGCCACAGCAGCGAUCGCCUAUCCGGGAGGUUUGGUAUUUCAAGGCAGGAGCAGGAUGAGUUUGCGCUGCGGUCCCACCAGAACGCGGCAAAGGCCCACGCGGAUGGCAUCUAUGACCAGGAGAUUAUCCCUGUGGACGGAAGCACCGAUGAGAACGGCGUGAAGGGAGAAUCCACCCUCGAGAAGCUGGGCUCGCUCAAGCCGGCCUUCGUGAAGCCCCACGGGACGCACACCGCCGCCAACUCGUCCUUCCUAAGCGAUGGGGCCUCGGCCGCGCUCAUCAUGUCGGAGGGCAGGGCGCUGGAGAUGGGCCUGGCGCCUAGAUCGAGCUUCAAGAGCUGGGCCUUUGUGGCCCUGGACCCGUUCGAGGACCUCCUCCUCGGGCCCGCCUUCGGUGCUGCAAAGGUGCUAGAUGAUGCCGGCCUCACGCUGAACGACAUCGACGUCUUCGAGAUACACGAGGCCUUUGCGGGACAGGUGCUCUCCAACCUGGCCGCCAUGAACUCGACCGAUUUCGCGCAGAAGAGCAUGGGGAGAAGCGCCAAGCUGGGCGAAGUGCCCAUGGAGAAGCUCAACAUCCACGGCGGCAGCCUGAGCCUUGGGCACCCGUUCGGAGCCACGGGCGUCCGCCUUGUGGCGACGGCUACCAACAGGCUGCACCGCGAGGGGGGCCGGUACGCGCUCGUGGCGGCGUGCGCGGACGGGGGGCUCGGCCACGCUUGCAUCGUCGAGCGCUACGAUAGCUGAAGUGGAGGGGAUUGUUGUUUCCUCCACUUCGGGAUAUAACUCGGGCAACGAUAGGGAAUAAGGAGACAUGGAAGAAUGAAGUAUGGGUGGACCCCGUCCCGUAGCAAGAGGCUCUUUGGCGUAACGCAAGGUGAUUGGGGGUGUUUAUACGCGGUGUGGCGCCCAAUUAGCCUUGUCGUCGCCAUCGUCCAUUGCUCCGAUAUCGCAUUGGAAGCGCGGUUAGCAAGAUCUGGUGCUUGACCCAAUGCAAUUAUCUCGGCGUUUGGUUGGCGGAAGGCAAAGAUGUACAGUCUGGGGGGGGGUUGCAUCACCGUAGGCCUUGCGGCCGCUGCCGGCGGGAAGGAAAUACCUUCGAUUAGUAGAGUAUUUUCUUGCGUUAUUGUACAGCCCCGCGGGGUGGCCUUGCCUGCUCAUGAUAGUUUCGGCGGUCGGCCAAAGGCUGCAGAUUGUGUGUGUGCGUGUGCGUCGUUUCAUCCAGGUGUUGAAUGUGAUGCUUCUGGAUUACGGCACGAGGAUGCGUGCAGGUGUUUUCUACGAAGAUGGAGAACAGCAGAUAUAGCAAAAGGACGCGCUCUUCGGACGUACAGGAUUAUCGGGGCAGUGGUGAUGAUCGUGCUAUCAGUGCUCUGGUGCUAGCAGCGUCUCGGGCUGAUGAAUUGUUGUUCUUCUAACGAUUGCUGGGGGGGUCCGUGGUUGAGGGAAGACGGUACCCACACCGCCUCACGCCUGCAGUUUCAUCCUAUGUAGGCACCGUCAUGAAAUUUGUGCGUCGACCAUCCUGUCGGCCCCGAAAUCCCGCCAAGCUGGCGCUUGGUAUAAACAUCCACGGUAAGCACUGCUGUGCACGGGAUUCCGUGCUGUCCGGUACGGCCAAAUCAGCAUGAGCAAGGUUUGUAGAAUAGUGAGGACUCGAUAGAAAGAGGGGGGAGUAUCCCGUGGUUCGCUGCGAACCGCGUUGCGAGAUGGUGGAAUGAACAGGCCGAUGUGCGAGCUUGGAAGGAGAGAGGGGAUGGGGAGAAGGCGUGUCUUGUGAAACGGCCCGCCCGCGAUAGAGGAGAUAGAACAGUUUGGUUGGUCUACAGUAGUCUCUGGAGCUGUCUGCCGACGCAGGGUAUUGCUUUUUUGAACAUGCACAGCUCACGUGUGGAGUUUUCACGUACGCGUGUAUCAUAGAGGCUGGGAAGGAGGGGAUCGGACUUUUCUUGCCGAAAGAAGGCCCACAUUUUUGCGCUCGUCCAUUUGUUACAAAUAUGUUGUCUUGUGUGUGCGAUGUGCAAGUUGCUACAAGGACGAAAGGGAGUGGGCUAGGCGUGUCCUGAAUCGAACAACAACAAUAUCACGAUGUCACGGCGUGUACGACGUAAUUGAGCACCCAGCGUUUCGAGU